AUUGUGUGUGUGGAUGGUAGUAGCACCGGCACACACUCCUAAACACACACUCAGCAGAUAGUGCGUGAGUCUGUGUGUGCGCUUGAAGCAGCCAGCCAGACCCCGCGCGCGUGUGUGUGUGUGUGUGAGCCAUGUUGGAUGUGAAUGAAGGUGAGGGGAGAUGCUGCCGCUGCUGCCGUAACGCCCAGAAGAGCUCCAGCUUCAAGGACCACAGCGGGUAGAUGCCAACUCUCCAGGCCGGCGGAGAGACGGGGGAGCCUGGGGGAAGGUGUCGGGCGGUGCCGGCGGUCCUGGAACUGGUCACCUAGCCGGAAUCGAGAGGGGGAAAGAGAAGUAACGGGGUGAAAGAGACGGAGAGAGAAAGGCAGAGGGGAGAGACGGCGAAAGGAAGAGACUAAAUGGCUGCACCGCCACCGGGCUUCCCCCCGCUCCUGCUCUUUCCUCUGGUGGUCCACCUGCUUCUCCUCGGCCCAUUGUUCGCUAUCACCCCGCGGACUGUGACCAAAGGAGGGGGUUUCUAUGGACGGAGCUGCGGAGACGCCGGUAAAGUGAGUCAACAGUGCGGGGAAGCCGGGGGGUCUCGCUGGAUUGUACGCCCAGUCAGGUGGAGAGGAGCGCGGACUGAUGGAGCCAGAUGGACGCGGGAAGGAGCCGGGACACUUUUGGGACGUGUAAACAGCGCGCCGGUGUCAACUCCUCUAUUCCCAGGUAGCAGCCCCGGAGCAGAAAGGGAUGUGAUGACGAGGAGGAAGGGCGUUGUUUCGCCACCGAAAGUGCACGCAUCCUCCGCUUGCGCGCCGGUUCUUGUUGGCAAAAAGCGUGCGGUACAAAGGACUAGAGAGCGUCGGCAGCGAUGGCCGGCGGCGGGGCCACACCUCAACAAACGUGGCGCCUUUGUGCGUGCAUCCGGAGGGCUACCCGGAAGUAGAGGUGAGGAGGUGCGCGAGAGGGCUUGUGAGGUGAGGAGGCUGGGAACCAUGAGGGCAGCAUCCAAGACACAUGCCCUCUCCAUGGGCUGCCACCCUUCACCUGGCGCCUGCCCAGCAUCCUCCUCUUGUUGCAUCCAUCAUCCCCUCUGCGACAACCAAGCUGCAACUCGCCCUUCAUCCAGCCGAACACAUGCACACCAUGUGGACUACAUUUCAACAGGCUCAACUGGUGACCACGCCGGCGCUUUCAGAAGCAAGGUUUGGGAUGAAGAUGCUGGUGAUGGAAGCUUGUCCUGUGAGGUCAGGGGGGCUGGUAAUUACUCUCAUUUGGGCCGGCACAAUGUUAUCGAUCCGAGCAGAGACAGAAAUGAGGGUGAGGACAGCUCAGGGUGCGCUGGUGGGACACUGAGGGGGUCAAAUGAGGGAGAUAAGGAAGAGGAGGGGGAGGGACAGGGUAAUAACACACCGGCAGAUGUUCACUCCAGAACUGGGGUCCAUCCUCAACAGGAGUCAGACAGUUAUUGGAAGGAGCAAGGAUAUGUUGUAACUGAGGUUAAUCCGUGCUACAAAAGCCCUCAUUUAUCUAAUUGUUCGGAUAAUUAUUUGUGUCACCCUCUGACGCGCGCCUCUGGUAGUGAGAUCCAACAGGAGGAGUCAGCUGGAACAAGCUUGGAGGAGAACAGGGUGGUUCCCAGUGGCUGUGCUGAUGGAGUAGAAAUGGGGGCUGCUUAUUUAUCAGAGUUUAUGGCUCCUCAGGGAGGUGUAACUCAAAGGAAUCUCCACAACCAAUCCACAAUUCUCGACUUCCCUCACGCUAACUCGGAACGUGUCUCAGUGAAACAAGUUUAUGAAAUUAGAUCAAAGAUUUUAACGCUGAAUAAUUCUGCGAAACAAUGGUAUUCAGCUGAGGAAAGUCUCGCCAGUCAUACUUCAUUAUAUCCUCUAAGACAUACUUCGCACAGUUCAACGCUAAAGAAAACAUUCUCACGUGAAUCAGACUUUUCCCCUUUUAACUCUGUUCUUUCUGCCAAGUUAACCGUCACCACAAAUGCCCUUGUUUUCACUCAGUCUUAUGAUCCCGCAGCUCAACUUUCAUCAUCACAGGUUGAGACUGAAAAGAGAGUAGGACACAAAGCUCUUUUCGGGACUCAGCCUUUAUUUUUAUGGGGUAAAUUUAACACGAAUAAUAACAACAACAAUGCCGGUGAUAUCAAUAGUGAGAUGAAUGACAAAAGGGAUGAUUCAGUGAAAUCGUCCCCGCUCACAAGACAAGACUUGUGGGAGAGAGAAAAUUUGGACCAUCUAGGCUGCGAUGGGAGAUUUCCUACUGACUGUUCACCCUCUGAGCUGGGGGACCAUAUGCAAUUAAAAUCUGGUAAGCAAGUGCCAUUAGAGCUCGGUGGUGUUAGACAGGCAGAGAGUCGGCAGAUGGGGGCCAUUGGAGGAAGGGAGGGAGACGGCUUGGAGGGCUCUGCUGCUGUUGAGGGAGGAAAAUUACAGGUGGGGGAGGGCAUGAGAGAGGAGCGGUUGAUGGGAGGGAGAGGACCACGGGGAGAAGAAGAGGAGGAGGUAAUAACAAAGCCAAACCAAGCAGUGGUGAGAAAAGCAGAGGGAGGGAAGGGUCAGGUUUGGGGCAGUAUCAGUCCCACCAUCACACAACCAGGUAGCGAGAGAUGGAGGAGAGAGACCCAGGCAGAUGAAAGCUACCAGCUCGGGAAGGGGGGAGAUGUGGAGGUAGAAGGGAAUGCAAAGGAGAGCCAUAGUUCAAGAGGAGGGAGAAGCCUGGAGCGACUGAUAGUAGUAGCAGAUGAUACAAUCUCAGAGGGAGACCGGGAGAAGAGGGUUUUAAUGCCAUGGCCUCGCUCUCGGCGGGCUGCAAACAGACAUCCACACUUCUCCCAAUACAACUUCCAAGUCCAAGUUGCUGAAAACCAGCCUCCAGGCACCUCUGUUAUCAUCAUGUCUGCCUCAGACCCAGAUGUCGGAGAGUCAAGCAAACUCAGCUACACCAUGGCGCCGCUCAUGAACAGUCGAUCAUCGGACUAUUUCCACAUCCACCCAGAAACCGGCCUCAUCACCACCACGCAGAUUUUAGACAGAGAGCAUAUGGAUCUGCAUUAUUUUAGAGUCACAGCAACAGAUCAUGGUUCCCCCCGCCUCUCAGGGACAACGAUGGUGGCGAUCACGGUCUCAGACCGCAACGACCAUUCUCCGAUAUUUGAGCAGAACGAGUACAGGGAGACCAUCAGAGAGAACGUGGAGGAAGGAUAUCCAAUUUUACAGCUAAGGGCGACAGAUCUAGACUCUCCAUCCAACGCCAAUAUCCGAUACCGUUUUAUUGGAGACACAGCUGUACUGGCUAAAACGGCAUUUGAGAUUGACCCAAGAUCUGGCCUAAUUACAACCCGUGGGGCAGUGGACCGAGAAACAAAUGAGCAAUAUACGCUUCAGGUGGAGGCCAGUGACCAGGGGAAGGAACCCGGCCCACGCUCCGCCACUGUGAAAGUGUACAUCACGGUCCUGGAUGAAAAUGACAACGUGCCCCAGUUCAGCGAGAAGCGCUAUGUGGUGGCAGUGAAAGAAGAUGUCAGACCCCACUCUGAAAUCCUCCGUGUAAGUGCCACUGACCAGGAUAAGGACAGCAAUGCUGCGGUUCAUUACAACAUCAUAAGUGGAAACAGCCGUGGACAGUUCUCGAUUGACAGCGUCACUGGUGAGAUCCAGGUGGUGGCCCCUUUGGAUUAUGAGGCUGAACGGGAGUACACACUUCGUGUUCGAGCACAGGACAAUGGCCGCCCACCACUGUCCAACAACACCGGCAUUGUUAGCGUUCAAGUGACCGACGUCAACGACAACCCGCCGAUUUUUGUCUCCACCCCUUUCCAAGCGUCGGUGCUAGAAAGCGCUCCAGUGGGGAGUUCGAUCCUCCACAUCCAAGCCAUUGAUACGGAUUCUGGUGACAAUGCCAGGCUGGAGUAUAGAUUAACUGGCACCAGCAGCGACACACCGUUCCUUAUCAACGCUGCGACCGGCUGGGUCACCGUCAAAUCCCUUCUUGACAGAGAAUCAGUGGAACAUUAUUUCUUCGGCGUGGAAGCAAGAGAUUACGGGGCCCCACCUCUUUCUGCUACAGCUAGUGUCACAAUAACGGUCAUGGAUGUUAACGAUAAUCGCCCUGAAUUUCUCCAAAAGGAGUACUACGCUCGGCUGAAUGAGGAUGCGGCUGUGGGCACAAGUGUGGUAACCGUCACGGCUGUGGACCGUGAUGUCAACAGUGCUGUUACCUACCAGAUCACCGGAGGAAACACCAGGAACCGCUUUGCCAUCAGCACAGCAGGAGGCGCCGGACUUCUCUCCCUAGCUCUCCCUCUGGACUACAAACAGGAGCGGCGCUAUGUUCUAACAGUAACAGCUUCAGACCGCACUCUCCAUGAUACCUGUCAGGUGCACAUCAACAUAACGGAUGCCAACACUCACCGCCCUGUGUUCCAGAGCGCUCACUACUCGGUCAGUGUCAAUGAAGACCGGCCUCCUGGAAGCACCGUAGUUGUUAUAAGUGCCACAGAUGAUGACGUUGGAGAAAAUGCUCGGAUUACUUACUUCCUGGAAGACAACAUCCCACAGUUCCGUAUCGACCCUGCGACAGGUGCUAUAACACUUCAGGCUGAGCUCGACUAUGAGGAUCAGAUGACAUACACUUUAGCUAUAACAGCCAAGGACAACGGCAUUCCACAGAAAUCCGACACCACGUAUGUGGAGGUGAAUGUCAAUGAUGUGAAUGACAACGCUCCUCAGUUUCUCAGUCCAAGAUACCAAGGAACGGUGACGGAAGACGCACCGCCUUUCACCAGCGUACUCCAAAUCUCAGCCACUGACAGAGACGCACAUGCUAACGGCCGUGUCCAGUACACCUUCCAAAAUGGUGAGGAUGGAGAUGGAGACUUUACAAUUGAGCCGACCUCUGGUAUUGUGCGAACAGUUCGCCGCUUAGACCGGGAGAGUGUUCCAUUCUACGAGCUAACUGCCUACGCUGUAGAUCGCGGCGUGCCCCCCCAGCGAACCCCUGUUCAUAUCCAGGUCACUGUCCUUGACGUCAAUGACAAUGCUCCUGUUUUUCCUGCCGACGACUUUGAGGUUAUGGUGAAGGAAAACAGUGCGGUGGGAUCUGUGGUGGCUCAGAUUACAGCCACUGACCCGGAUGAAGGUCCAAACGCUCAAAUCAUGUACCAAAUUGUUGAGGGCAACAUCCCUGAGAUCUUCCAAAUGGACAUAUUCUCAGGAGAGCUGACUUCCUUGAUCGAUCUGGACUAUGAGGCCCGGAAUGAGUACGUCAUUGUGGUUCAGGCAACGUCAGCACCGCUUGUCAGUCGGGCGACCGUACGGAUCAGACUGGUGGACCAAAAUGACAACGAGCCCACUCUGCAGCACUUCCAAAUCAUCUUCAACAACUUCGUCUCCAAUCGGUCCAACAGCUUCCCCACUGGGGUUAUUGGGAGGGUCCCCGCUUACGACCCGGAUGUUUCCGACAGGCUGUACUAUACAAUCGACCGGGGGAAUGAGCUUCACUUGCUGCUGCUGAAUCACACAAGUGGGGAGAUCCGUCUGAGCCGGAAACUGGAUAAUAACCGACCGCUGGUUGCCCCCAUGCAGAUCACAGUCACAGAUGGGGCUCACAGCAUUACGGCCCAGUGUGUCCUCCGUGUCCUCAUCAUCACCGAAGACAUGCUGGGAAGCAGCGUGACUGUUCGCCUUCAGAACAUGUCCCAGGAGCACUUCCUGUCACCGCUGUUGAGUCACUUUCUUGAAGGCGUGUCAACGGUCCUCUCUGUUCCCGUCGAAUACGUUUUCAUCUUCAACAUCCAGCCGGACCUGGACGCCGCACCGGGAGGGAUCCUGAAUGUGAGCUUUUCUGCAGCCUUGCCAGGCGGACAGUUCUUUCCCUCUGAGGCUCUGGAGGAGCAACUCUACCUGAACCGACUGCAACUGACCUCACUCACGCAAAUGGAGGUCCUACCAUUCGAUGACAACGUGUGUCUCCGCGAGCCCUGCCAAAACUACAUGAAGUGCAUCUCUGUUCUGCGCUUCAAUAGCUCCGCCCCCUUCAUCUCCUCACCUUCAAUUCUGUUUCGUCCGAUACACCCGAUUGCCGGCCUCCGCUGCCGCUGCCCCGUGGGCUUCACUGGAGACUACUGCGAGACGGAGAUCAACUUGUGCUACUCCAACCCCUGUCUCAAUGGGGGGGUGUGUGCCCGCAGAGAGGGAGGGUACACUUGCAUCUGCAGAGAAGAUUACACAGGUGACCGAUGUGAGUUCGACCGACGGCAGGGCAAGUGUGUUCCGGGCGUGUGUCGCAACGGAGGAACCUGCAGGGAACUUUCUGGUGGAGGGUUCCGCUGCGAGUGCCCCCCCGGAGGUUAUGAAAGACCUUACUGCACUGUCACCGCCAGAUCCUUCCCACCCAAGUCCUUUGUCAUGUUCCGGGGCCUGCGACAACGAUUCCACCUAUCCAUCUCACUUAGUUUUGCGACUCUUGAGAGCAGCGGGCUCCUCUUCUACAACGGGCGUUUCAACGAGAAGCAUGACUUCAUCGCUUUAGAGAUAAAAGAGCAGCAAGUGGUUUUGAAAUAUUCCACAGGUGAAUCAUCCACCCAGGUGACGCCCUACCUGCCUGGUGGGGUGAGUGAUGGCAACUGGCACACAGUUCACAUCCACUACUACAACAAGCCUGCCACACGCUAUCCGAGGCGCAGCAUGAGCGGCGAGGCUCAGGGUCCCUCGGAUGAGAAGAUUGCUGUGGUGAGCGUGGACGACUGUGACACAGCAUUGUCGCUUCGCUUCGGUACGCAGCUCGGCAAUUACAGUUGUGCCGCCCAGGGCAAACAGACCAGCAGCAAGAAGUCUCUGGAUCUAACAGGACCACUGUUCUUGGGCGGGGUGCCAAACGUACCAGACAACUUUCCCUUUGACAGUCGGGAGUUUAUCGGUUGCAUGAAGGAGCUUCACAUCGACAGUAAACCGUUGGACCUGGCUGGGUUUAUUGCCAACAACGGAACAAUAACUGGAUGUAGUGCAAAACUGUCCUUUUGCAAGUCCAACCCUUGUCAGAAUGGAGGGACCUGUAGAGUGAGCUGGGAGACGUACUCCUGUGACUGCCCCGUGGGGUACGGUGGCAAGGACUGCGGACACGUGAUGCCACACCCACAUCGCUUCACGGGGAACAGUGUGCUGUGGUGGGACCUCAAGAAUGACGUGACCAUCUCCACACCCUGGUAUUUGGGCCUAGUGUUCCGGACCAGAGCCCGGGAGGGAACCCUCCUUCAUGCUCAGGCGUCCCAGUACAAAAAUCUACUGUUUCAAGUGAUAAAUGGCCAGCUGGUGUUCUCUGUGACCGGAGGGUCAAUGCGGCCGGUACGUCUCAGGCUGGACCAGGUUCAGGUAGCUGACGGUCGCUGGCAUGACCUGCAGCUGGAGCUGAGAGACGUCCGCAGUGGUCGGGAGACACGAUACGUUGCCACGCUGCGACUGGACUUUGGACUCUACCAGGGAACGGUGAUCGUGGAAAAUGAGAUUCAUGGUUUGAAGGUGAAACAUCUGCACGUGGGAGGAGUGCUGGGCUCUGGAGAGGUUCAGAAUGGGAUAAAGGGGUGCAUCCAGGGUGUCCGCCUGGGUGUCCGGCCAGACGCUCCUCCUCUUCCCCGCCCUUCAAGAACUGUGAAGGUGGAAACGGGCUGCAAUGUGGGGAACCCGUGCGUCUCGUCACCGUGUCCCGCUCAUAGCCAGUGCGCCGACCAGUGGGAACGUCACACCUGCAUCUGUGAACCGGGUUACUAUGGAAAAGGCUGCACGGAUGCUUGUCAUCUAAAUCCCUGCGAGAAUGAGGCUAAGUGCCACAGGAAGCCAAGCUCAUCCCAUGGAUACAUCUGUGACUGCGGUGACAACAACUAUGGGCAGUACUGCCAACACAGGAUUGACCACCAGUGUCCCAGAGGCUGGUGGGGCUCUCCUACAUGCGGGCCGUGCCACUGUGACAUCAGCAAAGGCUUCGACCCAGACUGCAACAAGACAAGUGGACAGUGUUACUGCAAGGAGUUCCACUACCAUCCCAGAGGCUCAGACAGCUGCUUGCCAUGUGACUGCUACCCAGUGGGUUCCUUCUCGCGCUCUUGUGACUCGGAGACGGGCCAGUGCCAGUGCAGACCCGGUGUCAUCGGUCGACAGUGCAACAUGUGCGACAACCCGUUUGCUGAAGUCACAAAUUCGGGCUGUGAAGUCAUUUAUGAUGGAUGCCCAAAAACCGUCACUCAGGGGAUCUGGUGGCCUCGGACCAAAUUUAACUUGCCUGCAGCUGUGCCCUGCCCCAAAGGCUCUGUUGGGGCAGCUAUCAGACACUGCGAUGUUGAACGAGGCUGGCUGGAGCCAGACCUGUACAACUGCACCUCUCCUCCUUUUGUGGAGCUCAACUCUGCGCUGGAGUCUCUUGAGCGGAAUGAAACUGAGCUGAACACCAUCAUGGAGAAAAAGCUUGCUCACCAGCUCCGGGACGUCACCGAAUCAACCACACGUCUCUAUGGCAACGACCUGCAGAUAGCAGAGCGACUGCUGUCCCGACUUCUGACCUUUGAAACGCAACAGAGUGGCUUCGGGCUCACGGCCACUCAGGAUGCUCACUUUAAUGAGAACAUUCUGCGGGGCUGCAGCGUGCUGUUGGGUCCAGGCACAGCCGGACUCUGGCGGGCUCUAGCUCAGAGUCAGAACCACAUCCCGGGUGGUCCGGCUGAACUGGCGGACCUGCUGGAGCAGUACACCCAGAACUUGGCGCAGAACAUGAAGCUCACCUACCUAAACCCAGUGGCACUCGUGGCCCCCAACAUUGUAAUGAAUCUGGAUCGCGUGGAAAACCACACUCAUGUGCGUCGACGCUUCCCACGUUACCAUACAACACUCUUCCGAGGACAGACCGCGUGGGAUCCAAACACCCAUGUGAUCAUGCCACCAGCUGCCCUGGUGCCUCAAAGACAGCAGCAGCACAACUGGAAGGAGAAAGAGCGAAUAGAGAAAGAAUUGUCGGUUCUUCAGAACGUGGCCUCCGCUCCCGUCAGUAUCACAGCCAAUCAGACCAGAGAAUAUACUGCAGCUCGGCGAACUGUUGCAAUGCCUGAACAGCCUUUCACCAUAGUCAUCCUGCUGAUCUAUCGCAGCCUGGGUGGCGCUCUUCCACCAAAGUACCACACAGAUCGACGAGGAGUGAGACUUCCCAGGCAUCCAGUCAUGAACUCCCCAGUGGUCAGCAUCUCCGUCUACAACAACCAGACGUUUGUGGGCGGACACUUGGACCAGCCGAUCCUGCUGGAGUUCAAACUCCUGGAGACAGCCAACCGCAGCAAACCCCUCUGUGUGCAGUGGAACCACAGCAGCCAGUCUGAGAUGGGAGGUUGUUGGACGGUGCGGGACUGCAUGGUGGUCUACAGAAACACCUCUCAUGUCCGCUGCCAGUGUCAGAGGCUUGGAACCUUCGGGGUGCUGAUGGACAGUUCCCAGAGAGAGCAGUUGGAGGGAGACCUAGAAACGCUGGCCCUGGUCACCUACUCUUCUCUAGUGGUCUCAAUGCUGGCACUUCUUCUCACCGUCCUGGUGCUGUCGUGUCUUCGAGGCCUCAAGUCCAACACCAGAAGCAUCCACUCCAACACAGCAGCAGCCAUGUUCCUGUCUGAGCUUGUAUACCUGAUUGGUGUGAAUCAAACAGAACAGCAGUUCCUCUGCACUGUCGUCGCCAUCCUCCUGCAUUACUUCUUCAUGUCCACCUUCGCCUGGAUGUUUGUGGAGGGGCUUCACAUUUACCGCAUGCAGACUGAACAGCGCAACAUCAACUUCGGCGCCAUGAGGUUCUACUACGCCAUCGGCUGGGGCGUGCCUGCCAUCAUCACUGGUCUGGCUGUUGGUUUGGACCCAGAAGGUUACGGCAACCCGGAUUUUUGUUGGAUCUCCAUUUACGACAAACUCAUUUGGAGCUUUGCUGGUCCAAUCGCAAUCGUCAUUCUGAUGAAUGGAGGGAUCUUCAUGAUUGUCGCCAAAAUGUCCUGCAAUCCCUCUCAGAAAGAAACCAAGAAGCUGACAGUCAUAGCUACAAUCCGUAAUGCCUUCAUGCUGCUACUCGUGGCUACCUCCACCUGGCUGUGCGGUCUGAUGGCAGUAAACAACAGCAUCCUAGCAUUCUACUACAUUUUCAAUGUCCUUUGCCUCGUGCAGGGUCUGUCAGUGAUGCUGGUCUUCACUGUGUUCAACUCUGAGGUUCAGGAGGCCUGGAGUGUUUCUUGUCUGGGAAAAAAGAGCCCCGCAGAAGACCCACCAAAACCGCCACAGAAUUCUGCACAGAACCCAUAUCAUAACACAUCCCUUCUAGAGCAGAGUGGACUCCACCGCAUCACCCUGGGAACGUCCACCAUCUCUUCUGUCAGCUCCGCCAGAGAAAAUCUAUUGGCCCGUCAGACUCUGGAUCAAAACCUGGUCCACACUGGAGCAACAGACCUGGAUGUUGCAAUGUUCCAUAGAGAUGGAGGAGAGGAUUCAGACUCUGACUCUGAUCUCUCCAUGGAGGAGGAGCGAAGCCUCUCCAUCCCAUCGUCUGAGAGCGACGACAACGUUCGUCUUCGUGGUCGCAUCCAGCGCCGCUUCAAGCGCUCCAACCACAGCGAGCGUCUUCUCACCGAGCCAACUCAAAACGGCACCAAAGAUUUGGAUGGUAAUGACCUUCUGUCUUACUGGCCAGCUUUGGAGGAGUGUGAGACCCACACUCUCCAGAAGUGGGGCUCAGAGCGCCCCCUGGGUGCAGAUUACAGCAAGGACGCGGCCAACAACAACCAGCCAGAUGCUGCGCUGACCAGCGGGGACGAAAGCGGCUUAACGCAGACGCAAAGACACCGCAAGGGAAUCCUAAAGAACCGGCUCGGGUGCCCGCCGGCCAUUCAGGGUUUUUCAACAGUUGGCCGCGUGCCCAGCGAGCUUAACUGGUACCGAACCUCCACUCUGGGACAUCGGGGAGUUCCUGCUGCCUCGUACGGCCGCAUGUAUUCGGCCACGGCUGGUGCUGGUGGAGGUUCCGGUUCUCUUUCCCAACCGGGCUCCCGUUACUCCUCCAGGGAGCACUUGGACUCGCUUGCCCGGCGACAGCUAUCCAGGGAUCCUCUAGGGAGGCAAACAGUAGGGGGGUCAAGGGACCGACUGGACUCUCGGGGUUCGAGGGACAACCUGGACCUUCUACCCAGGAGGAGGGAGCUGGGACAGGGGGCAGGACUUGCUGGUCUACUGGACCACCAGCGGGUCUCUUCAUCCAGGGAGAACUUGUCAGCGUCCAGAGACAGACUGGACAACCACCACACGGGGACUAUCCACGCCUCCCGAGAGGACUUGAGUGGAAAUGGGGGUGCAGUGGGCGGAGGGAUGGAGGGGUACCUCAGUGGAUCCCGAUCACAGCUGAACAGUCUCACCCGCAGACAAGCAUCAUCCAGGGAGCACCUAGGGGGCGCUCUAAUGAGCAGCAGGUCCAGAGAGCAGCUGGAGACCAACGGAGUUGGAGCUCAGCCUUGCCGGGAGUGGCUGCGCUCGCUCCCCCCUCGGCAGCCCGCACACCCGGACCAGCCGCCCCCCUCCUCGCCGCCUCCCCCCAUCUCCGAGGAGCAGGAGCAGCACUCCUCAUCAGCUCAUGCCAGAGGACGGGUGGAGACCACACCUCCAUAGCUCACAAAUGUGAUGGCUGGUCGUGAUGGACCUUCAAACUCCGGACAGGUCAUUUGAUCACAAGUGCUCUGUCAGCUUUGGACUGGGAGGGAGAGGCGCUUGGAGGUCCUGUAUAGAUUUAGUUUUUCUAUCUCAUAUCAGCUCCGACAUUCGCAGACGGACGAGGAGUCGACUACCUAAACUCUGAUCAUCGCUAACUCAGUCACCACAAACUCAUCAUCAUCCACCUCAAAGGAAACAAAAAGUCUGUAAAUAACUUUUUAUACGUUUUGUAACUUUUUCAAUGGCGAUGAAGAAAUUGUGAGUCUAUUUCUUUGAGUUUUUUUCAAACAAUGGUGUCUCCGUGUGACUGUGCGUGAGGCCGGUGCAUUUAGAAAAUACAUUUUCUGCUACAGUUUGACUUCACAGCAUCACGAGAACGGUUGCAGAGACGGUGUCCAAUGAGAUUAUGGUUCAAGGCUAGAAUAACAAGAUUGUAAAGGAAGCUACAAGGAACGAGAUGAUUGUGAACGGUCGGGUGUGUGAAGACUGUGAUGUUUCGUGACGCCAGUUUCUCUGUUGAUGAAUGUGACGUGUCAUCUCUCUGUGUGUCUCCAACCUGCUGCUGUCUGAAGCUGCUUCUACAAUCGUGUCACUGUGGCUCGUCUCUAAGUGUCCAGAAACAUCCUGCAGGUACCUUCACGCUGAUGCACUUCAACUCAAGCUGCCUCAAGAGACGCCACAGAAAACCUCUCCAGCAGCAGCAGCCGGGACUUUCAAGGAAAUCUUUUGUGCUCAAGCCAAAGUGUCAAGUACCAGACAUGUUUUAUUGUACUGUCAGUUCUUUCACCAGAUGAGAUUCUACAUUGUCGCAGCACAAGACGUUCACGAGUGUUCAUAGCGUUGUUCCUCAAGCUGCACUGAAAUAAUUUCCCACCAAGCUCUCAAGACCACCUAUUUAACUUCAGACUUAACAGCAGUUUGUGCCUCUAGAUCACUGAAAUGAUUCACCAGAAAUUUUAACAAGAUUAACAAUGAAUGAGUAAGUUUUUGCCUCUCAUUCUGAACUUGGCUUUUGGAAGGGUUUUAUGAUAUUAGUAAUGUAAAUGCAAAAAGCUUCAGGGGUGUUUCCCAGGACACAGACAGAGGGUGAAUAGAAAAAAGGUUAUUAAAAAUGAAGAGCAGCAGAAGAGGACAUUUAAAUGUCGAAAUGUCCAACGCGUUUAUAUCACAUGACACGUCGUAUCCAAACGUGAAUUAAUUUCUUUACUUUUAUCCUGCAGCUUUGUAAUAUUUACAUUGAAAGUGUACAGACAUUAUUUAUUUUUUGAUAAUUAAUUUAUUAUUUAUUUAAGUUACCAUUGUUGUAUUAUACAUUGUAAAAAAAGAGUGUUUCAUUUUUAUUUAUUUAUUUAUUGAUUUAUACUUUUUUAUGGUCACAACAGAUUCACAGAUGAGAGAGAGAGGGAUGAAGUUUCACUGAUAAAAAUAAAUUUUAAUUGACUUCAGCCAACAUAUUUGAUGUGAACCAGCUAAAUGUUGACCUAUGUGAUGUUGACUGACAGGACAGGAAGUCAGGUGGAGGAUUUGUGUGUUCUAUUUUCAACAGCUACUCCCCUGUUGCCAUGGAAACUUGAGAAGUGUUGGAAUUUAAAAUAAAAAAGACUUAAUGCUGCAAGUUUUGUCUGUUGUUUGUGAUUCCGAGGCAGUGGCUGAUAAAUAUUGAUGAGACGAGACAUGCGGGGAAA